AUGAAUACGCCAAUGGUCCCUCCAGCACUGGGUGAUAUUGGCAUGAUCGAGCUGCUCGAAUGCGAUCCAAGGCCGACAUUCAUCCUUGACCUCGAGCGCACCCAGGAUCCCUCUGAUGAGUGUCUACACACAGUCUUCUCUAAUGCAUCCCUUCAGCGCCUUCCCCGCAUAUCAAAUCCGGUGCAAGUGAGCAGAGACCUUACGGCGGACGAUGAUGAGCUAGGGACAUACUCGCAGUUCAAGGAUUGGGCAACUAGCCUCCCCACGUAUGUCCACACAACGGACGACCUUCCACCUCCAUUCGAGUAUCAGAGUCUGUUGUGGACCGGCUCAACACUGAAGAAGAGAUGGCUCAUAAUUAGCGGUUCCGCAAUUGGUUUCAAAGACACUUCCGCCGGCUCGUUCCCAAGUCCUCCUGCUGGGUCGCAGAGGAAAGCUCACGGCAUGAGUACCGGUUCAAGGGGUCUCCCGGCAAGAAAAGAGAGUGGGAAGCUUCAGGCAGGCAUGCAUCCUACAUGGGUCGACGACCUGCCAAUAAGCGAACACGUUCAGUUUUUCAAGAGCACGGAUUGGUCGUCUACGGCACUGGGGCCUUUGGACACUUGGUCUGGCUGUCUUAGACAGAUGACGCGCCUCCUGAUGUCCGACUCCCGCGCUGCCUGCAUAUUUUGGGGCCCACAGCGGGCAGUGUUGUACAAUGAAGCAUACACCGCUGUGGCGAGUAGGAAGCAUCCGGGAUUGAUGGGCGCGACCUUGGAAACAGCUUGGGCCGAAAUCGCCAAGGAUCUCGAACCAGUCUUCCUUACCGCCGAGCGACUGGGACGCGCAACGUCUAUGGAGGACACCCCUUUCUGCCUCCAAAGACAUGGCUAUCUUGAGGAGACCUUUUUUUCCUACAAUUUAAUACCUGUUCGAGCCGAAGAUGGAAAGACCGAAGGGUUCUAUAAUGCCGCUUUUGAGACGACAAAGCAGAAUAUAUGGGAACGCAGGACAUCUACCCUCCUCUCCAUCGUUAGGGUCCCUGAUAUGGCUUCAUACUGGCGCGAAGUCUUGAAAGGAUUUGAACCCAACGAGCGCGAUAUACCAUUGGCCGUGAUCUAUUCUCUUGAGAGUGAUAUGCAUGACGAGGCGCCAACUCCGAUAAUACAUCUACAGGCGACUCUAGGUGUAGUGGAAGGCCAUCCACUGGCACUGAAGCGCGCGGACCUGAUCCAAGGUAGCGAGACGAUUCUACCACUUCUGAGGAAGACCUUCUCUGCCAACAGUCCAACGGUCUUCCAGCGAGAUGAUGGGAGCCUGCCCGGAUCAUUGCUCCAAGAGAUCGAGUGGCGAGGCUUUGGCGAACCGUCUAAUACUCUCGCUGUCCUACCUCUUACAGCUGGAGAAGAAAUUUUAGGGUUUCUGCUGAUGGGGCUGAAUCCACGAAGACCGUACGAUGAGGACUAUGCCGGAUUCGUACAGCUGCUGAAUCGGCAACUUUCAACGUCUCUGGCAUCGGCCGCGCUGAUGGAGCAGGCUAGACGCAAGCAGGCUGAGCUGUCCAAAGACUUGGCCGAGGGGGAAUCCCGGUUCAAAACUUUGACUGAGCUCAAUGCUGGGGGCCUAUUCCUCAUUAGCCCUCGUGGGGAAGUUCUGUACGCAAAUGAUACAUGUACGGCGUUCAUGGGUAUCAUCAUGGAAGAUGACCGUCCAUACGUGGAACAAGAAUGGUACAAUUUGAGCGAGCUAAGACUAAAGCGCACCUUUGAGGUGCGGCUCACACACAAGUGGCUCCACAAGGAAAGCGGCACGUGGAAGUACAAAUGGAUUCUGGCUUCCUGCGGCCACGACGAGAACGAAGAUGGAUCUCUCAAAAGCGUAAUGGGAAGUAUUACUGAUAUCAGUCUUCUGAAACAAGCCCAAGAAGACGCUUUAGAGCGCGCAACGCUUUCCGAAAAGCUCGCUCAGUCGCAAAAAGAUGCGAACGAGAUACAAGUACGUAGCAGGAUAGAGGCAGAAGAGGCGAGAAAGAGCAUGGAAAAGUUCAUGGACAUCACAAGCCAUGAGAUGCGUAAUCCCUUGAGCGCUAUCCUUCAGAGCGCGGAUGGAAUUGCCGCUUCACUUAUAGAAUUCCAAGCCUCAUCGAAGACGCCAAUUUUCUCGAACGAGCUUGUAGAAAGCAAUCUCGAGGCCAUCCAAAUUAUAAGCCUCUGCGCACAACACCAAGGACGGAUCAUCAAUGAUGUUUUGACGCUUUCGAAACUCGACUCGGCAAUGUUACUAGUAUCACCAACCCCAACACAGCCUCCAGUCGUUGUCAAAGGAGCAUUGAAGAUGUUCGAAGGGGAGCUUGUGUCCCAUGGCAUCGAGCUUGAAUUCUCUUUUGAGGAAUCGUACAAGCGCUUCGGGAUUGACUGGGUGAUGAUCGAUCCGUCUAGGGUAACGCAAAUCCUCGUCAACCUCUUGACUAACGCCAUCAAAUUUACGCGAUUGCGAGAGAAGCGCGAGAUAAAGGUGUCAAUUGGAGGGUCAGUGGAGAAGCCUCCUAUCAUUGAACAAGUCAAAUUCGAGUGGUUUCCAUCCAGAGGUAUUGGUUCGAAGAAAGACUUGACACUCGAUCGUGAAUGGGGCGAGAAUAAGCCCGUCUUUGUUUACUUCGCUGUAGAAGACACAGGCCAAGGCUUGAGCAGCGAAGAGAAAACCCGGCUGUUCCAUCGUUUCGCGCAAGCGAACCCACGCACUCACGUGAAGUACGGAGGUUCGGGACUCGGUCUUUUUAUUUCGCGCGAGCUUACAGAACUGCAUGGUGGCGAAAUUGGUCUUUACUCUGAGGCCGGAAAGGGUAGCACCUUUGCAUUCUACGUCAAAGGAAGAAGAGCAUCACCACCAGCCGAGAAAGCGAUGCAGCAGCUUGAGACCCAGUCUGCAGACUGUCGAACAGCUUCGCCGAUCAAAGCUCAAAGAUCGCAGACAAACGUGCCAACUAAGCUAGCAAGUCUGUCUAUAACACAGAGUAGCCAGAGCAAGGGAGAGUCGGAGAGUUUUCAAGUCUUGCUUGUCGAGGAUAAUCUGGUCAACCGUGGGUGUUUUCAAACCUUUCAAGCCAUUGGCACUGACUUUGGAUUAGAGAAAGUUCUUUGUAAACAGCUACAGAAAGUGGGAUGUACCGUGCACGUCGCGAACCAUGGGCAAGAAGCACUAGACUUCAUGCAAAGUUCCAAUCUGUGGACAAAUAACCCUGGUGGCAAAGCUGUUGAUGUUGUCCUCAUGGAUCUUGAGAUGCCAGUAAUGGACGGACUUACGUGCGCCCGACGUAUCAGGGAGUUGGAGGGCAAGGGUACCUUGAUCAGACACGUCCCGCUCAUUGCCGUGACGGCCAAUGCACGUAAGGAGCAGAUCGAGACUUCACUGGGUGCGGGAAUGGACGAUGUUAUGCCGAAGCCUUUCCGAGUAUCGGAGCUGCUUACCAAGAUGAAAGCGCUAAAGCUGCCGGAAUAA